AUGGAAUUGCAGACCCUUCUCAUAACUGGGGUUUCGGGCUACAUCGGAGGCUCAGUUUUGUCUGCCAUCCUUAGGACCAAAGAUGCGUGGGCCAAGAAUCUGAAAGUAUCAGCCCUGGUUCGAUCCGAAUCCCAGGCUACAAAAGUCAGGGAGCUGGGUGUCUCUCCUGAAUUAUUCUCAAGCUUCGACGAGCUGGAUAGACUGGAAGAGAUUGGUAAAGGCUUCGACAUUAUUAUUCAUGCUGGUGCGGGCUGGCAUACCCCCUCUGCACAAGCACUGAUUAGGGGGCAAGGUGUGCGGCGCCAGAAUACAAACACCGAUGUUCACUAUAUCCAGAUUUCGGGGACAUCGAAUUUGAGCGAUCGCCCGUAUACGGAAGGGUACAUUGAUACUCAUGUCUUUUCUGAUGAAGAGGACAUUUACUCAUAUGAGAAGUAUCGCGAAUCCCGUGAAACAUACUUUCAGCGGACUACUAAUAUUGCCGUUAUUGAGGGCGGGGAGGCCACUGGCGUGAUGACUUACAUUAUAAUGGCGCCAACAAUAUUUGGUCUUGGGGGUGGGCCAUUCAAUUGCUUUUCCAUGCAGCUUCCAACAAUGAUCGCGGACGCACUUCAAACAGGCAGCUGCAGUGUCGUUUCUGAAGGCGACACCAUCUGGAACCACGUGCACAUCGAAGAUCUGGCAGCCCUGCACCUGGUCUUGCUCCAGCAUAUUCAGCAGGGCAUCAAAAUCCCUUCCGGUCGAAAGGGGAUCUAUUUCUGUGAGACUGGGGAGCACUCGCACCGGGAAUUCUCAGAAGGCCUGGCCAAGGCUGGUCAUGAGUUGGGCGUUUUCCCCUCGAGUGAGGUGGCAAAGAUCACUAUCCAGGAAGCCGGCGAGAAAUGGGUUUUUGGUAACACUUCUAGUGCAGAACUUGGCUUUGCGUCAAACUCGCGUACGAAGGCUGUCCUAGCUCGCAACCUGGGUUGGGUUCCUUCCCAUGCCGAGGAGUGGGAGGGCACAUUCAUGAUUGAGCUGAGUGAAUUUAUCAAGAAUCCUCCCACUGGACGAGAGGUUCCCAAAUAUCUGAAGAAAUAG